AUGGUGAAUUUCUAUGGUGAAAAAAGGGCCCUCAAGAUCACUGUGGCAAUCCUGAAGAAAAUUCCACGAAAUGAUCUCGCACAGAGACUGGGGGGUGAUGUUCUGAGAAGGGUGCAAACCAAACUGAAAUCCAAGCUGGUGAUCAAAUUCAAAUGCAUAUUUGAGGGGACUAGCAAACAAGGACAUGACAUUCAUCUCAAUAAUAUCUACACAGAGUUGUACAUAACAGAAGGGGAAAGUGGGCACAUCAAUAGUGAGCAUGAGGUGAGACAGAUUGAAACAGCAUCUAAGGAAACAAAGCAGAGUGCAAUCAAAUGCAACAACAUCUUUAAACCCUUACCUGGUCAAGACAAAUCCAUCAGAAUUGUUCUGACAAAUGGUGUUUCUGGUAUUGGAAAAACAGUCUCUGUGCAGAAGUUCAUUCUUGACUGGGCAGAAGGAAAAGCCAAUCAGGAUGUUCAUUUCAUAUUUCCUCUACCUUUCCGAGAGCUGAAUUUGAUGGGGAAGGAAAAUUAUAGUUUGAUACAACUAAUUGAGUACUUUUUCCCAGAAAUGAAAGAGUUUGAAUCCAUCCUGAAUGACCAGUACAAAGUUUUGUUCAUCUUUGAUGGUCUGGAUGAGUGUCGACUUCAGUUAGAUUUCAAGAACAGCAGAAACUGUUGUGACAUAACGGCGUCAACAUCAGUGGAUGUGCUGCUGACAAACCUCAUUAAGGGGAAUCUGCUUCCCUCUGCUCUCCUCUGGAUCACCACCCGACCAGCGGCAGCCAAUCAGAUUCAUUCUGAACAUAUCUAUCAGGUACGACAUACAGAGGUAAGAGGGUUUAAUGAUCCACAAAAGGAGGAGUACUUUAGGAAGAGAUUCAGUGAUCAGAACCUGGCCAGCAGAAUUAUCACACACAUAAAGUCAUCAAGGAGCCUCUACAUCAUGUGCCACAUACCAGUCUUCUGUUGGCUUGCAGCCACUGUGCUUGGGAAAAUGAUGAGUGAGUCAGAGAGUGGAGAAAUCCCUAAGACUCUGACUCAAAUGUACACGCACUUUCUAGUCAUUCAGAUGACAAUAAAGAAUCAGAAGUACCCUGGAAAAACUGAGACAAAUUCUGUUUUGAAGAAAGAACUUAUUCUCAAACUGGGGAAGUUGGCUUUUCAACAGCUGGAAAAAGGAAAUCUGAUUUUCUAUGAAGAAGACCUGAAAGAAAGUGACAUUGAUGUCAAUGAAGCUUCCGUGCGCUCUGGGGUAUGCACUGAACUCUUCAGAGAAGAGGCUGGAAUGGAAAUGAAAGUGUACUCCUUUGUGCAUCUGAGCAUUCAGGAAUAUCUUGCUGCUCUGUAUGUGUUUCUGUCAUAUAGAAACAGUAACAGAAAUGUCAUGGACCGCAGCUUCCACGGUGGUUUCUUUAGGUUGAUCCCUCGCUCAAAAUUAGCUUUGUUGCUCAAGACGGCAGUAAAGCUGGCCUUGCAGAGUGAGAAUGGACACCUGGACCUUUUCCUCCGCUUCCUUCUUGGCCUCUCACUGGACUCCAAUCAGACUCUCUUACGAGGCCUACUCACACAGAGAGGAAGCAGCUCACAGAGCAUUAAGAAAACAGUCCAGUACAUUAAAGACAAGAUCAGGGAGAAUCCCUCUCCAGAGAGGUCCAUCAAUCUGUUCCACUGUCUGAAUGAACUGAAUGACCAUUCUCUAGUGGAAGAAAUCCAAAGUUACCUGAGCUCAGGAAGUCUUUCCAAGCAAGUUCUCUCACCUGCACAGUGGUCAGCUCUGGUCUUUGUGUUGUUGACAUCAGAAGAGGAGCUGAAUGUGUUUGACUUGAAGAAAUACAUCAGAUCAGAUGAAGGUCUUCUGAGACUGCUGCCAGUGAUCAAGGCCUCCACAAGAGCUUUGCUGAACAGCUGUAACCUCAGUAAGGAAUGCUGUGAAGCUCUGACCUCGGCUAUCAGCUCAAACUCCUCCAGUCUGAGAGAGCUGGACCUGAGUGACAAUGACCUGCAGGAUUCAGGAGUGGAGCUGCUCUCUGCUGGACUAAAGAAUCCACACUGUAAACUAGAGACACUGAGUCUGAACAGUUGCAACCUCAGUAAGGAAUGCUGUGAAGUGCUGGCCUCAGCUAUCAGCUCAAACUCCUCCAGUCUGAGAGAGCUGGACCUGAGUGACAAUGACCUGCAGGAUUCAGGAGUGGAGUGGCUCUCUGCUGGACUGGAGGAUCCAAACUGUAAACUGAAGUCACUGAGGUUGUCACUAUGUGGAGUCACAAAGGGAGGUUGUAUUUUUCUGGGUUCCACUCUGUGUUCAAAUCCCUCAUACCUCAGAGAGCUUGAUCUGAGCUACAACUGCAUAACAAAUGCAGGGGUGAAGCUGCUCUCUACUGGACUUGAGGACCCCAACUGUAAACUGGAGACUCUGAGGUUGAACAGUUGCAACCUCAGUAAGGAAUGCUGUGAAGUGCUGGCCUCAGCUAUCAGCUCAAACUCCUCCAGUCUGAGAGAGCUGGACCUGAGUGACAAUGAGCUGCAGGAUUCAGGAGUGGAGCUGCUCUCUGAUGGACUGGGGAAUCCACACUGUAAACUGGAGAUACUGAGGCUGUCACUGUGUGGAGUCACAGAGAGAGGCUGUGCUUCUCUGGCUUCUGCUCUGCAUUCAAACCCCUCACACCUGAGAGAGCUGGAUCUGAGUUACAAUUACCCAAGCAACCCAGCAGUGGAAAAGCUCUCUACACAGCUCAAAGAUCCUGAUUGUACACUGGAAAAACUGAGGUAA